CGGCGCUCUCUUUCCUGAUCUCACAUCGCUUCUCCCCCCGCCUCAUCGCCUUCUGCCGAUCCGCAAGCGCUGCCUUCUGAGCCAAAUCUCGAUCCCCAAUCCCAUCCCCCAAUCUCGAUCUUCGGUUUAGAUCCCAAACUUGGAUCUCAGAUCUCGCUGUGAUUCCAGUCUCGAUCCCUCCCACGCCACUUCCACUCCGCCAAACAGGGACCAACAACCAUGUCCUUGGAAGACUCCCAGAGCCGCUGUCCGUUCGACUUUCUUGUCGCCCUGCAUGUCCAAACGACGUGCGACGACCACCCCUCCAACACCUCCCAAGAAGUCAAGGUUCCCCGAGACAAGGCUGAGGUCGUUGAUCUGUCCUUUACCGUGGUCCAGAUCUCGCCUCGUCUGAUCCUCCACCAGCAGCAAGUGAUCGUCAAGCCCGAGCAUACCAGCCUCGGCACCUUUGCUGCCAGUCGUAGCGGCCUCACGCAGACCCAGCUUGACGAAGCAGAGCCACUCAAGGAGGCCCUGCAGACCGUCAAUGAGUUUGUUCAAACGCAUUUCAUCUCCCAGGAUAAGACCUUCUGCUUCGUUACUCACGGCGACUGGGAUCUGCGUUACCAGAUCGUAAGGGAGGCAAAGGAAAAGUCCAUCGAGCUUGCUCCGUACUUUAGUGUCUACUUUGAUCUUGUCAACGAGGUCAACAUCUGGAGCACCGUCUGCGAAGGCGGCGCGCGUCUUAGUGCCGCUAAAACAUCCCUCACCGGUCUCUGCUCCGUUGUCGACAUCCAACCCGAAAGCCGCGGCCAGAGCAGCCCGGAAGAAGCCAUGACGAUUGCCCGAAUCAUCGAUGCCGUCCUCGGCCAUGCCAACGAAUGGAUCGCGUCGCUGCCCGUGCCACCCUCAACCGAUGUCGUGCUGCCCUUCGAGAAGCCCACCAAUCUGGCAAGAGAGAUGGCGGAUUUUCAUGGUUCACAAUCUCGUGUGCUUCAUUUGGGCGGUCUUCCUUUCAGAGCGACGGCGAGCGAGGUUGGAAGCUGGAUUGGCACCGUGGGCGUUCAUGCGGCAGAUUUGUGGAUGGUCAAGGAUGCUGAGGGGCGACCUGACGGCACUGGGUUCGCCAUAUUUGAAAACCACGACGAUGCUGUGACGGCUCUGAAGUUGGACGGACGUGUUUUGGGGAGUCAAAAGGUAUUUGUGCGACCCAGCUCUGAUAAGGCUUUCCAGAACGCUGGGAGCCGGCGAGCACCCUUCCCGGAUGUUGACUCUGUCGCUCCCAACGCGGCUACUGCACCCAGGGCAACUGAGGGUGCCCCGGCGGGCCUCAAGCCAGGCGACUGGGUGUGCUCGGCCUGCAACUACCACAAUUUUGCUUCUCGAAGAUCGUGCUUCAAGUGCUAUGCUCCAAGCACCAAUGCUAGUCUCAGCCCCGGACCCGGAGCCGGAUCUGGAGGACCUCCCGGUGACAGCGGAUACUACAACAGCCCUGCAGGCGACCGUGGCGGCUAUCCCGGCGGUCUGAAGCCUGGGGACUGGUACUGUCCCAACAGCAACUGCAAAUUUCAAAACUUUGCGUCCCGCACCGAGUGCAUGCGAUGUCGCUCGCCUCGGCCCGGAUACCAAGGGCCUCCUGGUGGCCGUCAAGGCGGUGUCUCUCACAAGAUCCUGCCUGGCGACUGGAUUUGCCAGCAAUGCAACCUCAACAACUUUGCGUCUCGUCGAAACUGUAUGCAGUGCGGCGGACCCAACACCGGCAUCCUCGCCAAGCCCAAUGCUGUUGCAAGCCGCUCGCGGCCCACCGACCGACCCGGCGACUGGAGCUGCCCCAACAUCCACUGCCGCUACCACAACUACGCCAGCCGACAAGAGUGCUAUCGCUGCCAGACUCGCCGCCCCGAAGGCGCCGGCCUUUCAUACGGCGGUGGUGGAAGCCACAUGCCCAUGAAGUCGGGCGAUUGGACCUGCCCCAACACCGCCUGUCGCUAUCACAACUUUGCCAAGCGCGACACAUGCGCCGUCUGUGGAACCCACGUCAGCUCUUCUGGCGCCGGGGCUGGAAUGGGAGUCGGUGUCGGCGUUGGUGUGGGAGUCGGAUAUGGCGCAACGGCCGGACCCAGGGUCGGAGCCGGCCCUGCCCAGGGAUACUACGGUUAUGCCGGAGCCCAGUCAACAAUGGGCAGCUCGGGAUACGAUUCCACAAGCUACCAAGGCGUCUCUGGAUAUGGUGGCCAGUACGGCGGAUACGACUACCGACCGACUUACAAUCCCGCGGGUGGAUACGCGAGUCAGUAUCCUCCGCAAUAGUCGACUUGUCGCCGUUCGAUUGCUGACCUCAGCACUCACAUGAGUACCUGACCCAAUCGGAGGUCUCUGCACUUGGGCUGAUCCACGACCCGCGGACCUUGAUCUGUGAACCAUGGACCGUGAUCUGUGAACCAUGGAUCUUGAUCUGUGAACCGCGGAUCGUGAUCCAUGAACUAUUCGCCCCCACCCUUCCGUUUUAUUGCUUCGUUGCUUUCACGACGACCCACUUGCGUCUACUUGACCCAGCCGGUUUUGCCGGGCUGGUGUGGCUCCCCGCUUGAAGAAAUACAUCUUUUACUGAAAACUUGC